AUGGAUCCAGACCAGCAGCGCACGUCCUUCACUCUUCGAGUGGAGCAGGGUCAACCGGUGGAGCUUCCACCUUUUGUCGCGCAUUUACCUCUAGGGGCCAUUCCAGCAUUUAUCUCCGCGUCUUCGGUGGAGGCAUCCGCCAUUGUCCCUUCCGCUACAGUCACCGACGGCGCUCUCAGUCUCCAUGCUGCGACGAGUUCUAGCCUCGGAGAGUCGGCGGGAGGCAGGCAGAAGGUGCAGCUGCGGGUGCUGCAGGGCGCGGCGUCGCGGGCGGGCGGCGUGCGGCAGGUGCUGCUGGGGGAGACGGAUGCGACGUGGUUAGUGGGGCGCACGCAUGACGACGGCGAGGGGGGCGUGAGCGGCGCGGCUGCGGCGGGGCAGCUGGGCACGUCGCUGGUGCUGGGCGUGUUUAAGCGGAAAAGCAAGGAGCUGCACCUGCUGCCCCUCGCCGCGCCUAAGGUUGUGCGCAUGGAGGCGCGCGUGAAAGCGGUGGCGUACGACGCGGAGCGCCACACGGGAGGCGCCGUGGGCGCGGCGGACGAGCGCACAGCGAGCGUGGUGACGGCGGAGCCCGUGUCUGGCGGGAGCUCGAGUCUGGCCAAGUACCAGGAGGACAUGCGCAAGCGACGACUGCUCACCGCGACGUUCGGUAGCAAGAAGAGCAAGAGCAGGGUGGCAGCAGCGGAGCGGGGGCAGGUGAGCGGCGAGUCGCUCAAGGCCAGCGACGCCCUGGGCCACCUUGUGCGAUCCGCCGCCGCGGCGCCGCUCGCGCUCACUCAGCAGGACCUGGACGCGCAGCAGAGCGCGGCGAGCUACCUGCCUCCACACAACCCUGCAGCCACGCAGGUGGAGGAGGCAUACCCGCUGGCGUACCUGGUGCCGCGCGAGGAGUGGGAGUGCACAGACGUCGCUGUGCUGCUGGCCGCCGCUGCCCUGCAGGCUGAGAUGCGGAAGAACCAGAAGGCCAAGGGCCUUGUUCAAGGCGAGAAACGAGCGGGAGGAGGGGAAGGGGGGGGUGAUGAGGAGGAGGACAAAGAAGGGAUUGGAAUGGAAUUUAAGACGAAACAGGCGGCACUGCAGCUGUUGAAUGCGCUGCCCACGUUUGUGAAGGAGCGACUGGGGCUUCUGCUGACCAAGACGGGGGAAUCCAAGGCGCACUACGCACGGCUGCUGCUGCACAUCCACUUCCUCGUGCUCAUGCUGCACAUGCCCGAAGCCGUCCUGCACGCCAGUGCCUUGCGCACACUUGCCUCCUCCCACCCCUCCUCCUCAUCCUCCCUGCCCUCGCCUGAGCUUAUCUCAAAGGAGUAUGGCAUGCCCAUUCUGACGGCUGCCCGCCUGCCUCAGAUAUUUCGUGCGGAAGCGGAGGACCAGCACAACGUAGGUGGCAAGAGGUAUAAGUUCCCAUUGCGCCUCAAGCAGCUGCUCAUCAGCUACAUUGCUGCCAUCGCUCUGCACGCCACAGCCUUCCGCCUGCCUCUCGUUGCGCUCGCAGCUGACCUUAAGAUGGCUGCACCCAUAUUGAUGAAGCAUUUGAGGGAGAUGGGGUGCGAGAGUUCAAGGGGAGGUGCUGCUGCCGGCGUGGAGACUGUCGCUGUUUUGCGGCUGCCCCUCACGUUCCCCAAGACUGUUGCUCCUAAAAGAAAGAGGAAGUGA